ACCAACAAAAUAUUCUACAGUUCUUUGAUAAGAAUACGGUAUGACGUCCUCUGUCUUCGUGAUUUCUCUGAUUCUUCUCUCUCUUUCGUCCGCUGUUUUCUCCGAUAACACAACUUUCCAGAAAUUUGCGGUGCCGGGAAAGAGGUCAGGCCCUGAAUCUUUCGCCUUUGAUUCCACCGGAGAAGGAUUCUACACCGGAGUCUCCGGUGGUAAAAUCCUCAAGUAUACUCCCGAGAAGGGUUUUGUCGAUUUUGCACAGAUCACCAAGACUUCGAGUUCGUCAUGGUGCAACGGAGUAUUUGGAACCGCUUUAGCCGGAAAAUGCGGCCGACCAGCGGGAAUAGCCUUCAACCCGAAAACAGGUGAACUUUACGUCGCUGAUGCUCCAUUGGGUCUUCACGUUAUCGCUCCCGCCGGAGGUUUGGCCACAAAGAUCGCCGAAAGUACUGUCGACGGAAAGCCCUUCAAGUUUCUCGACGGUCUCGACGUUGAUCCCACCACCGGCGUCGUCUACUUCACUUCAUUCAGCUCAAAGUUCGGCCCCAGAGAAGUGUUAGUUGCAGUAGGAGCAAAAGACGCAAGCGGAAAGCUAUUCAAAUAUGACCCAGCGACCAAAGCCGUGACUGUACUAAUGGAAGGUCUAAGCGGUGCGGCUGGUUGCGCCGUGAGCUCAGAUGGUUCGUUCGUGCUGGUUACCGAGUUCAUAAAGAGUAACAUCAAGAGGUAUUGGAUCAAAGGACCCAAAGCUGGAACUAUUGAUGAUGUCUUCACAAGUUUGGUCUCGAACCCCGACAACAUCAAGAGGAUCGGUUCCACUGGAAACUUUUGGGUCGCUUCGGUCAAGAACAAGGUCGUCGUACCGACGGACCCUUCGGCGGUCAAAAUCGAUUCUAAUGGAAAAGUGCUUCAGACCAUUUUCCUCAAGAAUGAGUUUGGGGAUACUUUGGUCAGCGAAGCCAACGAGUUCAACGGCAAGCUUUAUCUUGGAACUCUUACUGGACCUUUUGCCGGAGUUAUGAAACUUUAAACUUAUUAACACUAUAAACUAUGGUUGUUAGGUGACUACCCAAAUUUUGUGUUCAUGUUGAAAUAUCUUCUUACGAUGGUUUCAUCUAUAUAUAAAAUAAAGUUAAUUAUUAUAUCAAAUAAAAAUUUAAAUCACGUCUUAUAAAUUUCCGUUCCUUUCUGUUUCGUGG